CACUUCACCAAUCAGCACCUGUGUGUGUGUGCAGCACCAGGAGCUGGUCUAUGUAUUUUUGAAAGAUCAAGUUUUGCGGUGUGUAAGGAGGUACCGAGACCCUUUCGACCCUCUUAACAAAGUGAUGAACAAUUAUUGAGGUUCUACAUAUUUCCUCAAUGUGAAAUUUUUAAACUACAAUGAAUUAGACACUUUAGGGCGGAGAACGAAUAGGUGAUUGGGUGUACCACACACAAACUUGUUACUAAUAUUUGUACUUUUCUUGAAUCGGGUUAAAAGGGUGCAUGAGGAUGGCGGCAUGUGUGGGGCUCUUACCCCCCCCCGCCCAGGGUGCCCCAUCCUCUCUGAGUAGUGACACACACCGCUAUGCCUGCAAGUCUUACGCGAACAAACUGCUGCAGAACUUAUGUGCACUCUGGCAUUCACAGCGGUUCUGUGAUGUAGAAAUAUCAGCUGGUGGAUUAGUUGUGAAGGCCCACCGUGCGGUACUAUCAGCAGGGAGUGCAUACUUUCAGGCCAUGUUUACUGGUGGAUUAGCUGAGGAAACACAGACUUCAAUAGAAAUAAAGUCCAUAACCCCCACUGUACUAGCUCAGCUCAUCAGCUUUAUAUACACUGGAGACAUUGAGGUAACAGUGGAGAAUGCUCAAGAGUUGAUGGUUGCUGCAGACAUGCUGGAAAUUCACCAUGUUGUACAUGUUGGCACAAACUUUCUCAAGAAGGAACUUCAUCCAUCCAAUGCUUUAGGAAUUUACAGGUUUGCUGAGGCCCAUCAUUUAGUAGAACUGCUGGAUGCUUCACGGGACUUCAUCUUCUCCAAUUUCUCAGAGGUGACAAUGGAGGAAGAGUUCCUUGAGACUCCUAAAGAAAUCCUACUCUAUCUUCUUGAGUCUGAGUACCUUCGUAUUGACUCUGAGUUUCAGGUAUUCUCUGCUGCCAUCCGAUGGAUUGCACAAGACAUAACUAAUAGACGCCGUUGGGUUUUUGACACUUUAAAACGAGUGAAAUUGCCUUUAAUUCCAAGUAAACUACUAGAAAAAUCAAUUAAUGAGUGCUGUGAUAUCAGUCUGAGGGUUGCCCUCAGAAGCAUACAGAAAGACCUUUUGGGCAAAAGGGGAAGUCUGGUUCCCCUGUAUGUCCAGCCAAGAAUUUGUGCUCGAAAGAAAAUUUAUGUCAUAGGUGGAUCAAAAAGAGAACUCAUUAGCUCAUGGACAAGAUCGGAGUGUACAUUUGAAAGUGUUGAGUGUUUUGAUACCUUUCGGAAGGAAUGGCAGAAAGUUUGCCCCAUGGAAAUUGGGAGAAUUUUGCCAGGAAUAGCAGUCUUGAAUGGGAGAAUUUUCGUUGUUGGAGGGGAGCAAGAAUCUCAGAUUUUGGCAAAUGGUGAAGUUUAUGAUCCACAGGAAGAUGUUUGGACUAGGAUAUCUUCCAUGGUGAUCCCACGGUGUGAAUUUGGAUUAUGUGCUCAUGAAGGUUACCUCUAUGCCUUUGGUGGCUGGGUGGGAGAGGACAUAGGAGGAACCAUUGAGAGAUAUGACCCUAUUGCAGAUGAGUGGAGAUUAGAGUCAAACAUGCCAGAAGCUAGAUUCAGCAUGGGUGUAGUAGAACAUCAGGGUCUUAUUUACAUUGUUGGUGGAUGUACGCACAGCCAACGCCACCUACAUGAUCUUCUCUUCUACAAUCCUGUGACUGGGGAGUGGAAAAAUCUAGCACCAAUGCUAACUCCACGCAGUCAGAUGGGUGUGGCUGUUUUGGAUGGCUUUUUGUAUGUAGUAGGUGGCACCAAUAGACAUAAUGUGCUCACAUCAGUGGAAAGAUAUUCUUUUGAACAGAACAAAUGGUUUGAGUGUCCAUCAAUGUCGGUUGGUCGAGCGAGCCCAGCAGUUGCUGCCACAAAUUCUCUAUUAUAUGUCAUAGGUGGGGACCAGACAAGUGAAGUUAAUGAUUUUUACAGAGCACAGGUAACUAUUGCUCAUGUGGAGUAUUUCGACCCUAACACUAACCGGUGGUUAGACUGUACAUCACUACCAGAGAGUCGAUCUGAGGCUGGGGCAGUCGUCAUUUGACCCCCUCCUCCCUCACAGCACCCUCCUAGAGCCACUCGUAGAAGCCACAAGCCCCAGGAUAAAGACAACCCAGAGUGUCCACGCGUUGUACGUAAAAGGAGUAUUAGUCGUCAAUCUCACAGUCCUAGGCAGCCAGCCUAGCAUCUGCACAGGUGAAAUGAGUACAGUAUUAAUGUGGACACUUUUGAGAUUCAUUAAAUUAUAUUUUAAAGUAUCCAUCUUUAAGAUACUGUACUGUACUUCAUUACUGACUCUUUAUUCACGAUGCAGUAUCUACUGAGGGUCGUAUAUGAUAAGGAAGAAGGUACUGUAGUUUGCUUUAAAAAGUUUGAAUUUUAUUAUGUAUUCAUAAUUAUGAAAUACCUACUGUAAUUUGCAGCUGUUGCAUGUUAUAAAAACAUAUUCAUCAUUCCACCUUGGGUUGGAAGUCCUGUGUGCAGACUAGCAUAUCAAAAUAAUUUAACCCAUGAAGUGCGGUGUGUCUGUAAGUGAUGCUUUUCGUGUUGCUGAAGGACGAUGAUUGAUAUUGGUGACUCUUUAUUUCAAAGGCCCCGCCUGCAUACGUCACACUUGGAGGCAGGAAUUUUAUUGUGACAUUGCCUAAACCAACCAAUAAAUGAGCAGAGAGGGCAAAAAAGAUGCCAGAUUUAGCUAUAUUUUUGGGUGGUGCAAUUCGAAUCACGCAUACAUAGGUGGAUGUAAGGGGGCAUGAGUAUACGAUAUGCAUACAGUCUGACGUGCACUCAUCCUGCACUUCAUUGUCAACUAAAUUAUGCUAUAAUUUUGCCUAAAAAAAAGAUUAUGAUACAAGUUCAUAGAGCUAAGCAGCUAUUAAAAAAACAUUAAUAUAUUACUGUACUGUAUACAGUAGGUAUUAACAUAAAAUUUCUGAUGAUUCCAAUGGUAUCAAAUACUAGUGGAAUAAGCGAGAUGAAAAAUUUAUUAUGAAUACAUGUGAAUGUGUAUAUUGAGGCUGUCUCACUUGGGUAACAACUGCUGCACUUUGUGGGUUAAAGAGUGUAUGAACGUUACAUGAAAAUAUUUUCUGAUGGCACUAGUUAUUGCCUCACUGUCCUCAGGAAAGGAUAUAAUGGUAAUGAAUUUAUGCAUAAAGAAAUGUAUAUGCAAGCACUGUUGUAUGCUAACACAAUGGCAAAGCAUAUUAUCCUGCUUGGUUAUUUGGUAUACAGUGAAGUUGGCAAUUUCUAUGCCUUACUAGUACAGUAGACUGCUUAUAAUGGAGGUUUAGUGAGGAAGAAUAUUUAAAUAAAUUCCUCAGUUAGUGUUCCAGGGUUGAAACCUGAUAGUUUCUUCCCAUUUUUUUUAAGUUUUUUUAAUAUUGAGUUGUAUCUUGCAGCUGUGUCUCUGCUCACUAUUAAUUUAAGUAAUUUUGUAAAUAACUAAAAAGUACCAAUUUCUUAUUGUGAAAUUGAAAAAAUAUAAGGCUAUCAUAUUUCACUUGAUGCAUUCUUUCAUUGUGGUGAAGACAGUUGUAGCAUGGGUACCCUAUUAAGAAUAAUUUUAGUAUAUCAACAAGAAUUUGAAAUGAGUUGGUGUUUAAACAUCACUUAUGAUGUUAUUGCAUACAGAGUAUUUCCUUUUGUUUAACCAAGAGUAAAAAAUAAUGUAAAGUCAUAAAGGAUUAAGUAUUUCUUCGUAACAAUUUCAUCUUCCAUAAUUUAAUAGAAUUUACUAAUUAAGCUGAGACUAUAGUACUUUGGCUUCCAGGGAUUAUGCUGUGCGAUGAACUAGUUCAAUAAUUCUAGAAAUUGUAUCCUCAGAUGUGGCAGUCAUUAAAGAUUAACCCCCCCCCCCCCAAAUUUGUAACUAGCAUUUCAUGGUGAAAAUAUGAAAUCCGGACAGCAUCUCCCAUAUAAAGUACAGUAUGUGUGAUGUGGAUGGAGAGAUGACUGAAACAGAUUGAAUGUGGAAACAAGAACAAAGCAUGUUUGGAUAGUAAUGCCAGAUGCAGUAGCGACUGGUUUUAAGAUUGAAGGUAACCUAAGAAGUGUUCUCAAGGUUGUUUAAUAUUUUCACAUUUAUGUGGUAGUGAUGAAAGCUAUGGGGAGCAGAGAAACCCCCCUUUUCAGUAUAAAAUUAAGAAAAUGUAAGUAGGAAUGAGAAUUUUGGCUUAUUUAUAUAUAAAUACUACCGUAGUCAUUAUUCUUAAAAGGAUAUAAAGUGAAGGUACUGUUCUAGUACAGGAUAAUUAUUUUAUUUGAGAACCCUAAAUGAUUAUUAUUGUAUGGACUGGACUCUAGAUCAGGUAGAUACUAAAAAAAUUUUUAAUUAAAGUCACAUGGUACAGAAGAUAUUUGCCAAACCAUACAAUUGAUAUACCACCAUGUUGUAUAUGCAAAUUUGCUCUUAGCAUUAUGUAUUCUGAUGUAGACUGCAGCAUUCCUUGGGGAGUAGUGUUGAUGAUGUCAUUGAUUCUUAUUUUUAAUUCAUCAAGAAUGUGUGGAUUUGUAUUAUAGACUUUGUCCUUCGAAUAUCCCCAUAAAAAGAAAUCUGGUGACAAAAUAUCUGGAGAUUGAGAUUUUUCAGAUUUGUGAGCAAGUUUAUUGGCCACCACUCCCUUACUUCAUGCGCAAGGAAGCAUGCAAAGAUCAUGCUUGGCUGCCUUUGACUUGGCUCUAAAAUUUUUGAGUCUGGUUUUGGUAACAAGAUACAUGCAGUUAAGGAAGAAUGAGUGUAUAGAUGGAUCAAAGGAUGACCAGAAUUGCUUAGACACUAUGCAGUCACCAAAGAGCAGCCUUGGUUCAUUCAUGCUGUACUGCAAACUGUGACUUGUGGCACCAUCUUGUUGAAACCAUCAUCAUCCAAUUUUAACUUCUCUGAGGUGCCCUAAAAACUCAUGAAUUAUAGUUUGUGAAAAAAAUUAGACCAAUAUUUCUUUUUUGGCUUCCAGUAUAACAAACACCAAUUUUCUGGGAACGCAAUGGCAUUUUGUGCAUUUCAUAAGGCUGUUUACUAAGCAUUAAGUGUGUGUUUUGCAAAUUUACAUGCCAAGCUUUAUCUGUAAAAAAUAUGACCUCCAAAACAUUAUCUUGGUCUCUUACUAGCCUUCGGAACCUUUUAAAGUAAGGUAUGGAUUUUUCUUUAUCUUGCUCCAGUAACUGAUGCACUGCAUGAAUUUUGUAAGGAUAAAGUUUAAUUGUCUUGACUGCCUUUAUUGCACUUUAAUAUGAACAAUGAGCUUGUUAAGUUUGCCAUUUUAGUGGGUUUUGAGGGCUUAUUUCCAUUACAAUCUGCACUUCAUCCAGUUUCUUUGGUGUAAUAACAGUUGGCUGGUGCAUGUGUUUUUUAACAUUGACACUAUUUGUUUCCCCGAAUUGCUUCACUAGUUUCCACAUCAUUGAUUUCAGUGGUGUCUUAUGACCACUUUGAAGUCUUAUUUGACACAUUUUGAAGGAAGCAUUCCUAAUGUAAAGUUUGACGAGAAACAUGCCUUCUUCCGCAGUGAGGGCCGCAGCGUGACUGAAAACUAUUAGCAAUGCCACAGCUGGCUCACGUAGAUGCAGUGAUCACAUGACAGCUACUCAUAUGGAUCCUGUCAUACAUUAAAUUUUUCCUCAUUGAUCAGACAAUAACCAAAUCAACUUAUGGGUUUCUGUCUAUUGCAUGUCCUAGGAUAUAGGACUGUAAUCAUUUAGGGUUCUUGAAUAAAAAAAUCGCACUGUAUUAUCCAUUGAUGUCAAUAUUGCAGGGUCCCUAGAGGCCUCCUUCAGAAAAUUAAGAUUAUGUGUAAUGCCAGAAGAGCAGUUUCAGAUAUACAGGUAUCUCUCGAUAUAAGGUAUGGAUAUUGGGUUAGGUUCCUGAACAACAAUUCAUUGGGUGAAUUUUUGAAUAGCAAAUAGAAAAACAUAUGGGAAAAUAGGGUUUGGUUCCCAAUGACAAAAAAAAAAAAAUCAUACCCAAAAACACAAAAUCAGUUUACAGACAACAAAAACC